UUCACAAUAUGGCUUAUCGCGAUAGCAAGGAUUCAAGCUCAACAAACAAUACAGUUGCUUGAUACAUACGACGGACACAUUAAUUCAACAACUUCAUAUGUGACGUUUAUUUACAAUCCACCAGGAGUAUCUGACAAAACUGGUGGACUUUCAAAGAUAUUUGCUAUGGCUAAAAGGCAAGCUGCUAGUGCCACUGCAACGAUCGCGUCUAAACCUCCUGGAUCAACAACGAACGGCAUAGUAAAUCAACCAACCCAACAACCAUUAAUUGGAUUGCCUAGGAAAAUAUAUAUCUCAAUAUUAAUUUGCAGGAUACCCACUGGAUCUGCAGAAAUGCCGAGAAUAUUUGUUUCUACAGACUCUUCACAAAGCCUACCCGGACCUAACACGAGUAACACUCAAGAAAUAUUCAUUAAAAAUGGAUUUGCAAAUUAUACAGUUAUGAUUCCAUAUACAUACAUUGGAAUACUUUAUCCAAAUAAAACCGGCUUAACCGGAGAUUACUAUUAUUCAGUUGGAGCCUCGAUUUUAGGUUACAGACAUCCACUUCCAACAUCAAAUAUACAAUUAAUUCGAGAAGACACGGAUAGCGCUUCGGCUUUGUUCAGAUUAAAUCAAUCUUUUGACCAAGGUGUAAUCACGGCAUAUAUCGCGGAAACAAGCCUUGUAAAACGAUUAUUUCAUUCUGCAUGCGCAUUUAAAAUGAGUACAUCGACUAACCUUAUUAUCCAAUAUAAUUACACUACGCGAGGGUCAAUAGAUCCUAGUAAUGCGACAGAAGUUUCAACGGUUUUUAUAUCUAAUCUAAAUAAUGGCACAGAUUAUAUUGCUUCAAUAGUGGCCAAUAAUUCAAAUACUUUACUAUUAUCAUCAAACCCACUAUCUCUCAAAACUUUACCUCAAAUUAAUUGCAGAUUAAUUAGUGGUCUCAGUUUUUGUGAUAGGGUAGCAUAUUCGGUACCAGCAAAUCCAAACUUCACUACUACCGAUAUUGCGAAUAUUUAUGAUAAUCUCGCGAAUGCUAGUUAUCAAAAUUUCAGUUUAGCAUUGGCUCAAUAUUCUUGUGAUGCUUCACAAUAUUCCUUGGUUAGAAAUUGUGAUGAUUGUCGAGUUGCUUACAAAAAUUGGAUUUGUGCCGUAUCGAUUCCACGUUGCGGUACCACAGAUUCAUUAAAUAUUAUUCAAAGACAAGAGAACCAAAGUCGGAUUCCUGAUAUUGAUCAAGCGCUCAAUCCUGGAGCGUACGGAGAAAUUCCCCCUUGUAUAGAUUUAUGCUAUAAUGUGACACAAUCGUGUCCACCGACUUUGCAAUUUACUUGUCCACCAAAUAAUACCUUUAAUUCUUUAUUAUCGCUGAGUUAUGGAAGGAUGUCACCCGGCUAUAACGUAAACAAUGAAAUUCAAUGUAAUCCAAUGGGUAGCGACUGGGUCAUAUCAAUGGCGAACCGAAAGGAUGAUAGAUCUUUAUAUUGGACAUUGGGGUUGGCUUAUACUAUUUUUGGAAUUAUAGUAUUUGGUUCCAUAGGUUGA